CGGCUUUAUUUUAACCAUGAGUCAAAAUAUUUAAAGUUUAUUUUUCACACUCUUACAUUUUGUAAUUAAUGCUCGCGAGAUCAAUCAAGAGAUCAUUUACUGUCGCCAACACUUGGAAACAAGCCAGUACCCUCGGUGCUAUACGUACCUUUAUACCUUCCACAGCAAGAAAUUUAGAAACCGUGAUAACACCUUCUCCAGACUCGCUUGGAUUUGAUGCAACUGCUGUCAAAAGUCAAAAAAACGAUAGACCCGUCUAUCUUGAUAUGCAAGCUACAAGUCCUUUAGAUCCUCGUGUUUUAGACGCCAUGAUGCCAUAUAUGAUGGAUUUAUAUGGAAAUCCUCAUUCUAGAACACAUACUUAUGGAUGGGAGUCGGAAAAGGCUGUUGACAAAGCAAGAGAAGUGAGUUUUUUUUUUGAGGGGUGGGGAAUUGCGGCAUGGCGGGGAUGUUCGGGAUACUACACACCCAUAGAGUUUUUCGGACGUUCAAAGCUCAAUUUUUUUGGUUAAUCUUAAUAUGGACAUUGUCGGGUUAUAGAAUUUUUUGUAUUUCGGUGGAACCGUUUUUGCCAAAAUAAAAAUGGUUCAAAUUGUUUAAAAAUAAUUAUUUUGAUUGGAUAGAAUUAUAGGCUUAAAAUGUAGAUUUUAUUUAAAAAAAAAUAAUGGAUGGCUUGGAUGCCAUACAGCCUUGCCAGCCAUUGGAAAUCCCUUCAGGAUGGUGUAAAAAAUGCAUAAAUUUAAUCCACUACUCCCAGAAGACUGUAAGACAGUAUGCAUUGUUCUAUAGAGCAUGUAUAGCCAGAUGCGUACAACAAACCU